AUGGCAGUCAUCAACGGUAUGUCCCUCCAUACCGCUCACCGAAACCCUAAGGCACAAUUUCGUAUGGCUGAGGUAGUCCUUCAAAGGAAGGAGAGGGAGAGAACCUACGCGAACGAGAAGAAAUUAGCUAACGAGAAGAAAAGUAAAAAUAGACCGCGUACCAUGAACCCCAAGGGAACGCAUAAGUAUGUACAUCAUGAUUCUCCACCAUUGAAGUCGUCAUCAAACAUGGAUGCACGAGUCGAAAAGAACACCUGGAAAGGACGCUACCGGAACGUGAAGCGAGAGGAAGGAAGGCGAUUACGGCGCAUUGCCAAAGGACCGCGCAUGUCCACUAACGCAAAGAUAGGCUUCAUACUGGCAAAUGUCUUCUAUGGUUUGUUCAAAGACUGUGCUGGGGUCUGGUUUUCACGGAAGCGGUGCUCGAAUUCAUCACCUGUUCCUACAGAGUCGGAAGACUAG